GGAGAUGGUAAAGUUAAAGCUGAAAUAUUAGUUCGAGAGUUAUAUAAUGAUAUAAAACAAGAUCUUUCGCCUAAAAAUAAUGAAAAUUUAUUUAGCAAUCCAUCAUUAUUAGACGAUAGUGAUAUUUUUAAAGCAUUAGAAGGUGAU